GGCGGAGGCGGCGGGGGUAGAGGCGCGCGCCGCCCCCGCCGAGCGUGCGAGCGGAGGGUCGCAGGCGGCCACGUCGGCGGAGGGUGCGCCGGCGACGCGGGUCAAGAGGGAGCUCGGUGAGUCGAUCCCCCACGGGCUGGUCCCCGCGGAGCAGAGCUACUGGCAGGACAUGCGCAGCAUCGUCGCGGGGAGGAGUAGCCGCGUGCAGCUCGCCUGCCCGGGGGAGCUGCCGCCCUCUCGCGCGCUGGCGCUGCACCUGCGCGACGGGCGCAAGUACCAUGUCCUCGUGCCGGCGGGCGUGCGCGCGGGGCAGAGCUUCACCGUCGAGCUGCCGGAGGGGGCGGAGCUGGGCGAGGUCUUCAUCGCGCCGCCCGCGCCGCCGCAGCCGCAGGGGCCGCAGGGGCCGCAGGGGCCGCAGGGGCCGCCGCAGCCGCAGGUGCCGCAGCCUGAGGUGCCGCAGGCGUCGCAGGUACCGCAAGCGCCGCAUGCGCCGCAGGGCGGCGGCGGGGCCCACUCCCUCAACUUGCUCGUGUUGGCGUCCACCGCGCAAGGCCGGUGAGCAGCCAGCUUACCUAACAGCCGCACUGGCUCAAUUUUCGUAUUUUCGUGUGACGAGAGGGGAAGUAGAGAAGGAGGGUGCCGUUGAGUUCGCCUCUAUUGUACGGAGUUCGGUGUGUACAUGUAUCACUUCUAUAUUGUGUGUAAAGACAA